AUGAAUUGCGACAAGACGGUUCCGACAUCAAUAAAGCUGGCCGCAGUCGGCGACCACCACCGGCCUCGAGGUCCUGCCGCUCCCCGACCCGGUCUCCUCCACCACUUUCACGACGUCGUACCCUUCCACCACCUGCCCGAACACCACGUGCUUGCCGUCGAGCCACUCCGCCUUCCCCGUGCAGAUGAAGAACUGCGAGCCGUUGGUCCCCGGCCCGGCGUUCGCCAUCGACAGGAUCCCCGGCCCGGUGUGCUUCCUCACGAAGUUCUCGUCGGCGAACUUGGCGCCGUAGAUCGACUCGCCGCCGAUGCCGUUUCCCGCCGUGAAAUCGCCGCCCUGGCACAUGAAAUUGGGGAUCACGCGGUGGAAGGUCGACCCCUUGUAAUGGAGGGGCUUGCCGGAUUUUCCGACGCCCUUCUCGCCGGUGCACAGGGCGCGGAAGUUCUCGGCUGUCUUCGGGACCACGUCUGCGAAGAGCUCCAUCACGAUCCGCCCGGCGGGAUGGCCACCGAUCGUCAUAAAACAAAUAUUGGAGAAAUCCAUAGUGAUCUGAAUAUUUAA